GAGAGAGUUAACUUUGCGAAAGUAAGAAGCAAAAAUGGUACUAACCGAAACCGUACUUGCGAUCACACUCAGUGUGUAUUUUAGCAACGCUCAGAAUCCUCAGCCCUCCAGGCAGAUGCCACAAUAUCAGGCCGGUGGUUUUGAAGAAUUUGCCCAGCGCGAGCUGCAUGACCCCCAGCAGCAGGUGAAGGUCUCGUCCCGUCAGCGUUGUGUGCUGGAGCAGCACGAGCGCAUUGAGUGCGGAGAGUCUGACAUCACCGAAGAUGACUGUGACGCCAUCAGCUGCUGUUACGAUGGACAAGGCUGUUAUUAUGCCAGAGCAGUGACCCUGCAGUGCACGAGAGAUGGGCAGUUUGUGUUGGUGGUUGCUCGAGAUGCCACGCUGCCCCACAUCAAUUUGGACUCCAUCCACCUGCUGGAGGACAACCCCAGCGGUCAAUGCGCUUCUGUUGGCACUACAGCCACCUUUGCCAUUUAUCAGUUUCCGGUCAGCUCCUGCGGCACCAAAAAGAUGGAAGAAGAUCAUUAUAUUAUUUACGAAAACAUGAUGUCAACAGCGUAUGAAGUGGGCAUUGGACCCCGUGGAUCCGUCACACGAGACAGUGCAUAUGAGUUGAAGUUCCAGUGCAGGUAUUCAGGAUCUGGCGUUGAGGCUCUGAUGAUGGAGGUGAAUACAGUUCCUCCUCCUCUCCCCGUCUCUCAGCAGGGCCCACUCAGAGUGGAGCUUAGACUCGCCAAUGGACAGUGUACCACUAAAGGAUGCACGGAUGACGACGUGUAUGCAUCGUACUACUCUGAGGAAGAUUACCCUGUCACCAAAGCUUUGAGAGAACCCUUGUACGUGGAAGUGAGGAUUCUGGAGAGGAACGAUCCAAACAUCGUCCUGGUCCUGGAUCACUGUUGGGCCACGUCCACCCAGGACCCUCAGAGUCUGCCACAGUGGGAUCUGAUAGUAAAUGGCUGUCCCUAUAAGGAUGACCAUUCCCUGACCACGAUGCUUUCUGUUGGAAAGUCUGAGCUCCAGUAUCCAUCUCAUUAUAAACGCUUUGUCAUGAAGAUGUUCACUUUUGUAGAUCAGCCCUCUCUUGUGCCGCUGCAGGAACGGAUCAUCAUUCAUUGCACCACGUCUGUUUGCCACUCGUUAGGCUCAGAGUCCUGUGAGUCCAGCUGUGGCAGGACGAGAAGGGCAGUUUCAGAACAAUCAAAGGAUUCUGAAGAGAAAGUGUUAGUUUCCAGUGGCGAGGUCAUGUUCAUUUCUGAUUUACCAAUUUCUAAAGAUCUUGUGGAUGCAGAUUAUGGUAUGAAAUGUUAUUUGUUAAAAAUAUUUGUACAGAAUUUAAAAAAAAAGAUUCUGAAAAAUGUUUGCUUAGGUUUUUUGCUUUGUGUUGUAGUGUCACACGCAUUGGUUUAUGGAUUAUGGUCUGUAGCCGCUAUAACAGUGUUUGGUGUUUUUGGGCUCGUGGUGGCUGUUUUAAUCCGCCGCGUCAGACCUCAGCCGGCUCCGGUUUGAAUUAAAAUAAUCACAAAAAAAUUAUGUGGCCGUGUUUUAUGUGGCUUUUGCUAGCCUCCAAAUUAAAGGGUCGCUUCUCUA